ACAGCUUUCAAAAAAGCUACAUAUGUACAUACAUACAUAUAUCACACUAAAAGCAUCGACGCAACAACUCGCUUAGCCAAAAACUGUAAGGAGGGCAAGCAUUGGACAAAGCCGACGUUAACAUACUCUUGGGAAUUAUUCUCAACUAUCGUUUUAAAUUCCCAGCUUUUCCAAAGUGAAAUAACCCCACAUAAAAUGCGUUAUCAUUUGAAACUAACUUAAACAAUUUUACUUUUACACGCUAACAUAGACAUAAUUCAUUACAGAUAGAUUGACAUGCUAACUUAUCGAAAAGAGAAGACAACAGUGUUCCGCAAACUAUCCUACAGCACAAAUUUGUCUGAAGAACAGUUGACCCUGUGUACAUACACACAUACAUACAUAAAUAAUAUCGGACCAAUCUUAUUUCCCACCAAUUGUGAAUCUUAUUUCCCACGAAAGGAAACGUCUGCUCCAUACCAGAAAUGGUUUCAUUUGAAACCUCAAGCGUGUGGUGAAAUGGAUCCUCUGGGAUUGAAAGGGGCAAAGCUCUGGAAAGCGUGGUACCAUCAGGAACAUAUACAAGAUAUAAGUCUAAUAGCCGACCUAGGCACAUGUCUAAAGUGUAAAGGCACAUGUCAAACAUGCCCGCGGUGGUGCGUGAUAAGUGGUAAAAAUGAAGCUAGAUGGGAGUCUACCGAAAUGAGGACUCCUCCCCCUUCACUGAGGUCGAUCACGUCUAAAUAAAGUGUACUGAUUUAAAAAAUCUUCGGAGCUAAAAAUCUCCGGCUUUAGCCACGUUUCUGUAAAGCAAUGGCGAGCAAACUCUCAUUUUACA